CUGUGAAAAUUUAUUUCACUCAAAGAGGUGAGUUCAUGUUCAUCUAUCAGUUCUGGGUGCUUGGGGGACAUGGAAAUACUUUCAUUGCAGAGAAUCUUUGCAUUCAAAUGUGGCAACUUGAAGAUAAAGAUGGACAUCAAAACUGCUUAUACCUGUUGCCUGUAGAACUGCUGUUACCCUGUCCUUCAAGUUGGAACUUUUUCCUUAAUCCAAAAAUUUUGGUAUUUAGGCAAUUGCUGAACCAUGCACAAUCUCUUGUAUCCAAUUGCCUGGACAAUAACAUGAAAUGGAUGUACCAAUCAGACACUAGGCAAAGGGAGGGCUGUAGGGGAGCAUACUUAAUUGUUUCUCUAAUGGUCAACUAGUAGGGGAUCUGCCUUUCUGUCAAUCAACAUGAGCAUGGAAUGUUACCAGUAUGCAGGCAAGACACAAGGGAGUCAUAAACUCUCUGGAUUGUGACUGAGGGAACAAGAAUAAUUGGGCUGUAUUCACGAGUUUAACGUGUAGGGCAACCACAUGUCCCUAAAUUGUCAUAUUUUGUGGAAUAAAGGCAUUCUUGACAGAUCUGGAAUUGGGAAAAGGAAAAUGUGCCCCACCGGACACCGGCACCGUUCUUUUCAAGGUAAAUACCUAACUUCUUGGAGUAUGUUGAAUGCUAAAGCCAGAGUAAAAAAGAGACCAUGUU